AUGCUGUUCAACGGGAUCACUGGACCUAUUAAGGCCAGGAUCUUCACGACGACAUUGACUGGUCAAGCGAUGACCUGGAUAACCAGGCUCCCUAGGAACUCAAUCGACUCGUUUGAGGACCUAGCUCGGACUUUCCGACUUAACUUUGCAACAAGCAAGGUGCAUCCGAUGCCAGCCUAUGCUUUGGGAAGAAUCCGGCAGAAGGAGAACGAAUCGUUGAGGAAAUACCUCGAUCGAUUCAAGGAUGCCGCCCUCAAGGUUCGAGGUUUAACUGAAGCAGUGCACCUCCACUUAAUCAUUUCGGGAUUAGAUGGGGACUCCCCAUUGGCGAGGUCUAUCUAUAAAAACCCGGUAAACGAUCUGGAGGAGUUUAGACAAAGGUCGGACAAAUACAUUGACGUGGAAGACAUGCAAAAGGUCUAUGUCGAAUCUCGAGGACGAAGCCCGACACGUCGGAGCCCGAGUAAGAAAAACAACAAAGACCGGGACCAGAAGGGAUCCAAAAAAGCAAAGGACACUCGCAAUAAGAGGUCGGAAGAUCGGUCACCAAGGAGGAAGUAUGACGACUAUACACCUUUGAACGUGUCCAGAUCCAGGAUAUGGAAAGAGGUAGCUCAAACCGAGAUGCGCAAUGUCGAGAGACCUCGACCCCUCAAAGCCAAAGAUGCAAUUGAAAAGCACGUCAGAGAGGGGAAGUUGAAACAAUAUAUCAUCCGAACACAGGGCAAGAAAAAUAAUAAGCGAAGGCAAAGAAGCCGGAGCCGAAGUCGAAGCCCGAAGAGAGAGGAUAGAAAGGAUAAAAGAAGAGACCGACCUGCCAAAGUCAAAGAGGUCGACGACAAGGACGAGGCUUUUCCUGAAGCCGAAUUCGAAUGCAACGUGAUAAAUGGAGCUCUAGGUGGGGGAGGAGACUCGCCUAACGCCAGAAGAAAGUACCUAAAGGAGGUCAUCUCUGUAAGAGAUAGGCCGACCUUCAAAGGGAAAGACAACAAACCUGCACCCCCAAGACUGUUCUUCACUCAGGAGGAACUAGCAAUGGUCGUACCCGGACACACUGACGGAUUGGUGAUCACUGGAGUGCUAGUCAAUUGCCGAGUGAAGAGAAUCUUUAUUGACCACCGAAGCUCAGCUGACAUAAUUCUCUGGGAUGCUUUCCAGAGGAUGAACCUGGAUGAGAAGGACUUGAAACCAUGUGUCACCGAGCUGGUCAGGUUCAACGGAGCGGCGUCCCCUCCAAAAGGCUACAUCGACCUAAAGUUGACCUUGGGCACGAAGGACUCGUUCCGAGCUGGAAGGGUUUGUUUCGUCGUGGUGGACACCUCGUCUUCCUACAACGUGAUCAUUGGCCGGCCUACAAUCCAUGAAUGGGAUAUGCUGAUCUCCACUAAACAUCAAGCAUUGAAAAUGCCUGGGAUGAACAAUGAGAUCGUCACCAUAAGAGGUGAUCAAGAAGAAUCAAGAAAGUGCUACUAUGAGACUCUACGAGUCCAUCAUGGAGGUCCAUCAUCUCCACCUCGGCUUAAAGAGGGAGGAGUUAAGGACCAAUCAUUGAAGGCUUGUGGAAGCGAGGUCAACUUGGUGGAACUCGACGUGAGAGAGGAGCUCCUAGCACCUCGUCCAGAACCCCAAGGAGAGCUGGAGGAUGUCGAUAUUGCAGAGAACGACAAAGGGCACACCAAGCUGGGAAAAGGCCUAGAUGCUGACUUCAAAGAGGAACUGGUUUCCUUCUUAACGGAAAACCGCGACGUAUUUACGUGGAAAGCCUCGGAGAUCCCAGGAAUAUACCCAACUUUCUGCUGCCACAAGCUCUCCAUGUACCCCAGAUCACAGCCAGUGUCCCAAAAGAAGAGGAAGAUAGGAUCCGACUGA